AUGUCUUCAUUAUCUUCUUCUUCAUCAAAAAUCUUCAAACACGCUCUAUCGCUGACCGCCAGACGUCAUUCCUACAGUACUGCACUCGCCACCUCCCACCGACCAAAUGAUGAUGUUACAGUACCCCCAGUGCCACCUGUAAACUUGUUAUCGGAAAAUGAGAACUUCUUUGUGGAGACUGUUCGAAAAUUCUCCCAAAAUAUUGUAAGACCGCUGGUCAGGGAGAUGGAUAAAAACUCGAAGAUGAACCCGAUUGUGACGAAAGGAGCAUUUGAAAAUGGGCUAAUGGGUGUCCAUGUCCCUGAAGAAUACGGUGGCUCCGGCUCCACCUUCUUCGACGCAAUGAUUGUAAUCGAAGAGCUAGCAAAGACCGAUCCAUCUGUCUCAGCAAUGGUCGGAAUCCACAACACUCUGCCUGUUUCAAUGAUUGUUGAGCAUGGAACUGAAGAGCAGAAACACAGAUAUCUCCCUGAUUUAUGCUCAGAAUCUCUCGCUUCUUUCUGUAUCUCUGAGUCUGGAGCCGGCUCUGAUGCAUUCGCUUUGAAGACUGUCGCUAAGAAAGAUGGAGAUGAUUUCUUGAUUUCUGGCUCGAAGAUGUGGAUUACUAACUCAGGAGAAGCACAAGUUUUCGUAGUGUUUGCAAAUGCGGACCCAAGUCAGAAAUACAAAGGAAUCACUUGUUUCAUUGUGGAGAGAGGUGCAGAGGGUCUUACGGAAGACAAACUGGGAAUCCGCGCAUCUUCCACGUGUCAGGUACACUUUGAUAAUGUCAGAGUUCACAAGUCGGCGAUUUUGGGAGAAUAUGGGAAAGCCUACAAAUACGCGAUCGAGUGUCUCAACGCUGGAAGAAUAGGAAUUGGUGCUCAGAUGCUCGGAUUGGCUCAAGGAUGUUUCGACCAGACAAUUCCAUAUCUUCAGCAGAGAGAACAGUUCGGAAAGAGACUUAUCGAUUUUCAGGGUCUCCAACACCAAAUCGCUCAAGUCCGUACUGAAAUCGAGGCCGCCCGUCUUCUAGUGUACAACGCUGCUCGUAUGAAGGAGUACGGUAUCCCGUAUGUUCGUGAGGCAGCCAUGGCAAAACUGUUUGCGUCUCAAGUGGCCACCUCAACAUCUGCUCAAUGUGUGAAGUGGUUGGGAGGAGUGGGUUUCACGAAGGAGUUCCCGGCGGAGAAGUUCUAUAGGGAUGCAAUGAUUGGAGAGAUUUACGAGGGAACUUCGAAUAUUCAAUUGAAUACGAUUGCUAAGCUUAUUGAUAAUGAGUAUAAGUUGAGGAAUGUGGAAGAAUUCGAGCAUUAUGCACUUGAUCACGUGGAUAUGGCAUUCGAGAAGGUUGAACAAGUGAAAUAUAAUCAAACAGUUGUUCUCAAAGAAGAUUCUGGAGUUCACUUCACGGCGAUGCCCGCUGGACACAUGAUUGGGGGAUUUAUCUGGAGAAUUUGUCGAGUUGCGGGAGAGGAUAUUAUCUAUUGUGUUAAUUUCAAUAACAAGAAAGAUAGAACCAUUGCUUUUGGCAAAAUUUGA